AUGAGUGUGGGAAGGGCCCACCAGCACAGCUUCCUUUCCUGUGAAGAAGAAGUAGGCCUGAGACUAAGUACAAUGCCUGCUGUGGGCAGCUUCGGCAAUGGUAAAAUCCACACAAGACGCAAAUACCACACCCGGUUUGUCAGCAAGGCUGGGCAAUGCAACGUCCAUUUCUCAAACAUGGAUGAGAAAUCACAGCGGUACAUUUCGGACAUUUUCACAACUUGUGUGGACAUCCGCUGGCGAUACAUGUUCUUUCUGUUCAGCCUGGCGUUUGUGGUGUCUUGGCUAAUGUUCGGCCUGGCGUUCUGGGUCAUCGGCCUCCUACAUGGUGACAUGGACCACGAUGGUGGGGACGACAAUUUUGUUCCUUGUGUCAUCCAGGUCAACACCUUUGUGGCAGCUUUCCUGUUUUCCAUUGAGACCCAGACAACCAUCGGAUAUGGAUCUCGCUGUGUGACUGAGGAAUGCCCUGCUGCUGUCUUCAUGGUGGUACUUCAGUCCAUUGUUGGUUGCAUCAUCGAUGCCUUCAUGAUUGGUGCCAUCAUGGCCAAGAUGGCAAGGCCCAAAAAGCGUGCAGAAACUCUGCUGUUCAGCCACAAUGCUGUCAUCGCCAUGCGUGAUGGUAAGUUGUGCCUCAUGUUUAGGGUUGCAAAUCUAAGGAAGAGCCAUGUGGUGGAGGCUCAUGUCAGAGCCCAGCUGGUCAAGCCCCGUUACACAGAGGAAGGCGAGUAUAUCCCUCUGGAUCAGAUUGACAUGAAUGUAGGCUAUGACAAAGGCACAGACCGCCUGUUUCUGGUUGCACCCCUCAUUGUAAUUCAUGAGAUCGAUGAAGAAAGUCCACUGUUUGGCAUCAGCAAGCAAGAUCUAGAAGCAUCUGACUUUGAAAUAGUUAUCAUACUUGAAGGUUUGGUUGAGGCGACAGCUAUGACGGUGCAAGCACGCAGCUCUUACCUACCCUCGGAGAUCCUUUGGGGUCACCGCUUUGAGCCCCUCAUCUUCGAAGAGAAGAGCCAAUACAGGAUAGAUUACGCCUACUUUCACAAAACAUACGAAGUACCGUCCACCCCAAGAUGCAGUGCCAGGGAUAUAGAGGAGAGAAAGUUUCCAACGUCUGGUGGCAACUCCUUCUGCUAUGAGAAUGAGCUGGCCUUCAUCAGCAGGGAUGAGGAGGACGAGGGAGAUGUGGAGAAAGAGGAAAACAGGCUGUGUUCAUCAGAGCAAUCCACCCCUGGACAUGAAACAGUGUCCUCCCGUAGAGAAUCAAAAAUUUGA